AUGUGGCUGCGCGCGUGCCUCGUCGUCGGCGCGGCCGCGGCCUUCCGGGCGCCCGCCCGCGGGCUCCGCGCGCCGCGCACGCGCGCCUUCGUCGCGCGGGACGACGACCCGCGCGCCUCCGACGCCGCGCGCGUCGCCGUGCUCUGCAGCGUGCCCGUGGUCUGGGGCACCUACGCGCCGGCCGUCAAGGCCGUCUACGCGCUGCCCGCGCCGCCGCCCGGCGCCGUGUUCUCGCUCUUCUACUACGUCGUCGCCCUCGGCUGCCUCGGCGCCCUCGGCCGCGCCGCCGCGGCGCCGGGCGCGGCGGCGGCGGACGAGGGCGCGGCGCGCGCGGGGCUCGAGCUCGGCGCCUACCUCUACGCGGGGAACCUCUUCCAGGUCGUCGGCCUGGAGACCGUCUCCGCCGACGCCGCGGCCUUCCUCGUCCAGCUCACGACGGUGCUCGUGCCCGUGCUCGAGUCCGCGGCGACGGGGCGCGCCGUCGCGCGGGAGACGCAAUUGGCGUGCGCCGUGGCCUUUUCGGGCGUCGCCGUGCUCUGCGCCGAGGGCCUGGCCGCGGACGCGGGCCAGGUCUCCGGCGACCUGUGCGUCGUGGCCGCCGCCGUGCUCUACAGCCUCCACGUCGUCCGGCUCUCGGCGCUCGCCGGCGCGGGAAAAGAGCGCGAAAUGCUCAAGGCUCCGAUCUCGGCGCUCGCGCCGUCGGCGUCCGCGCUCGGCCUCGCGACGGCCAAGGCGGGCUGGGAGGCGGCGUUCGCGCUCGGCGGCGUCGCGUUCCUCGCGCUGGCGACGCCCUUCGAGGGGGGGCGGCGCUUCCUCGAGGCGUCGCGGACGCCCGAGGAGGCCGCCGCGCUCGGCGCGGCCGCGACGUGCGCGUACACGAUCUGGGCCCAGUCCUUCGGCCAGCGCGGCGUGGCGCCGUCGCGGGCGAACCUGAUCUACACGUCCCAGCCCGUCUUCAGCGCGCUCUUCGCCUUUGGCCUCCUCGGCGAGCGGCCGACGGCCGCGACGGUCGCGGGCGGCGGCCUCAUCCUCGCCGCGGUCGCCACGGAGCUCAGCCGCGACGUCGAGCGCUAG